CAGUCUCUUAUUGUUGGCUCAUUGGAUUAUUAUAGGAGGAAACCAUGGAGACAAGGAAAACUCAAGUGGCCGUGCCGGUUUUGGUGGCGAUCAUGACUCUAAUGGUGAGUAAGGUGGUCUUCGCUGGUAAAGACUCCCUUCAUGAACGGCAUAUGGCAGAACUGCAAGCCGUUAAGGCAUCUUUGGUUCGUCGAAAUCUACCGGGUUUCGUAUCUCCUCCUCCUACCCCUCCUCAGGCAGUACCCGGUCCACGCGUGUAUCAAGUGAUAUCAUAUGGUGCCGAUCCAACAGGGAAAGCGGAUAGCACGAAUGCGAUAUUGAAAGCUAUGGAAGAUGCGUUUGAUGGUCCAAAUCAUGGAGUUUUGAUGGAAGGUAUCAAUGAUCUUGGAGGAGCAAGAAUCGAUCUUCAAGGUGGAAGCUACUUAAUCAGCAAACCUCUCCGGUUUCCCUCAGCUGGUGCUGGAAACCUCCUUAUUAGCGGCGGGACAUUAAGGGCAUCAGAUGAUUUUCCAGUCGAUAAGUACUUAAUCGAACUCAACGACGAAUCGUCAAAGUUACAAUACAUCUUCGAAUACAUAACUCUCAGAGAUCUUCUCAUCGAUUGCAACUAUCGCGGCGGAGCAAUCGCCGUCAUCAACUCUCUCCGAACAAGCAUAGACAACUGCUACAUCACACGGUUUGGAGACACGAACGGGAUUCUCGUCCAAAAAGGACACGAGACUUACAUUAGAAACUCGUUUCUCGGUCAACACAUAACCGCCGGUGGAGACAAAGGAGAGAGGAACUUCUCCGGCACCGCCGUGAACUUGGUGGGUAACGAUAACGCUAUCACUGACACCGUUAUUCUCCGCCGCGGUUGGGUGAUGAUAUCAGGACAAGCAAACCUUUUGUCCGGUGUGCAUUGUUAUAACAAGGCAAGGUUUUGGUGGAACCGGGAUUUAUUGAAGUUACCCGGUUUAACUCAGAACCGGAUUGUGAAUUCUUACUUGGAUUAUACCGGUAUCGUCGCGGAAGACCCGGUUCAGUUACAAAUUUCUGGAACGUUUUUCUUGGGCGAUGCGUUUAUUUUGUUGAAAUCUAUAAACGGUGUGGUUCGUGGGGUUAACAUUGUUGACAAUAUGUUUUCCGGGUCGGAUAAUGGAGUCCAGAUUGUGCAAUUGGAUCAGACGAAUAAGGCGUUUGAGAAUGUUGACCAGGUGGUCGUUGACCGGAACAAUGUGAAUGGAAUGGCAACGAGAUCGACGGUGGCUAAAGCAUCGGUCGAUGGAAACGGAACGUCUUGGACCGUUGAUUUUAACCAGGUUUUAUUGUUCCCGAAUUUAAUCAAGCACGUUCAGUACACGCUCGUAGCGCGUGAUGGUAAUGCGUUUCCUAUUCACGCGGUAAGGAAUGUCUCGGAUAAUCAAGUGGUGGUUCAGACAAACGCACCUGUUACUGCACAAGUUUAUGUAACGGUGGACCAGUGAGGUUGAAUGUCAUGUUUUUAACCCUAAUAAUGAUUUAAUAAUCAAUCGGUGGUGGUUCCUGGUAUUUUUUGUAAUUUUUCCUAACCGGAGAAAUUAUGUUUUUAUUAGCAGUAAAUAAGAAACUCGAAAAUUGUGAUUGCAGUUGAAGAGUUGUUGUCAAGACAUUUUACUUACUUAUUUUUCUUUGUCAAGACAUUUACUAGUCUCUCUCAUAUGAGAUUCAAUGCAAUGACUGAUGAACCUUUUUUUCUUUUUUCGUACUAGUGUUAAGAAUGACUGAAUGAGUGAAAGACUGAUGAAC